CCGUCCAGGUGCCGCCGCGAGGGGCCGCCCGCCCCCUGAGCCUGCCCGGCCAUGGCCUUUCUGACCGCCUGGAAGGGGGCGGCCUCCGGGAGAGGCUCCCGCAGGACGCCCGUGAACAGCCUCCAUGAGGCCCUGGACCAGUGCAUGACCGCCCUGGACCUCUUCCUCACCAACCAGUUCUCAGAAGCACUCAGCUACCUCAGGCCCAGAACCAAGGAGAGCAUGUACCACUCGCUGACGUAUGCCACCAUCCUGGAGAUGCAGGCCAUGAUGACCUUUGACCCUCAGGACAUCCUGCUCGCUGGCAACAUGAUGAAGGAGGCGCAGUUGCUGUGCCAGAGGCACCGGAAGAAGUCCUCGGUGACAGAUUCCUUCAGCAGCCUGGUGCACCGCCCCACCAUGGACCAGUUCACCGAAGAGGAGAUCCACGCCGAGGUCUGCUACGCAGAGUGCCUGCUGCAGAGAGCGGCCCUGACCUUCCUGCAGGAUGAGAACAUGGUGAGCUUCAUCAAGGGCGGCAUCAAAGUUCGAAACAGCUACCAGACUUACAAGGAGCUGGACAGCCUGGUGCAGUCCUCGCAGUACUGCAAGGGGGAGAACCACAGGCACUUUGAGGGCGGCGUGAAGCUUGGUGUGGGCGCCUUCAACCUGACGCUGUCCAUGCUUCCCACGAGGAUCCUGAGGCUGCUGGAGUUUGUGGGGUUUUCAGGAAACAAGGACUACGGGCUGCUGCAGCUGGCGGAGGGUGCCUCGGGGCACAGCUUCCGGGCGGUGCUCUGCGUCAUGCUGCUGCUGUGCUACCACACCUUCCUCACCUUCGUGCUCGGCACCGGGAAUGUCAACAUCGAGGAGGCAGAGAAGCUCUUGAAGCCCUACCUGCAGCGAUACCCUAAGGGCGCCAUCUUCCUGUUCUUUGCAGGGCGGAUUGAAGCCAUCAAAGGCAACGUUGACGCCGCCAUCCGGCGCUUCGAGGAGUGCUGUGAGGCCCAGCAGCACUGGAAGCAGUUUCACCACAUGUGCUACUGGGAGCUGAUGUGGUGCUUCACCUACAAGGGCCAGUGGAAGAUGGCCUACUUCUACGCCGACCUGCUCAGCAAGGAGAACUCCUGGUCCAAGGCCACCUACAUCUACAUGAAGGCUGCCUACCUCAGCAUGUUUGGGACGGACGACUACAAGCCGUUUGGGGAUGAUGAAGUGGAGUUGUUUAGGGCUGUGCCAGGCCUGAAACUCAAGAUAGCUGGGAAGUCUCUACCCACAGAGAAGUUUGCCAUCAGGAAGUCCAGGCGCUACCUCGCUCCCAAACCCAUCUCAUUGCCAAUCCCUGCUCUGGAAAUGAUGUACAUUUGGAAUGGCUACGCUGUGAUUGGGAAGCAGCCCGAACUCACAGAUGGGAUACUUGAGAUUAUCACCAAGGCUGAAGAGAUGCUGGAAAAGGGCCCAGAGAACGAGUACUCAGUGGAUGAUGAGUGCUUGGUGAAGCUGCUGAAAGGCCUGUGUCUGAAAUACCUGGGCCGUGUCCAGGAGGCCGAGGAGAAUUUCAGGAGCAUCUCUGCCAAUGAAAAGAAGAUUAAAUAUGACCACUACUUGAUCCCAAAUGCCCUGCUGGAGCUGGCUUUGCUGUUUAUGGAGCAAGGCAGAAAUGAAGAGGCUGUCAAACUCUUGGAAACUGCCAAGCAAAACUACAAGAAUUACUCCAUGGAGUCAAGGACACACUUUCGAAUCCAGGCAGCCACACUCCAAGCCAAGUCUUCUCUAGAGAAUGUAAGCAGAGCCGUGGUCUCAUCAGUGUCCCUGUAGUUUGGCGCAGCACUCCCAAGCUGGCAGACAGACAGCUGGACAGACAUUUCAAAAAUGAUCCCCACCCCCUGCCUUGCCUUUGGGGUCUACCGGUGCUCCAGUGGGAUGGCACAACAUGAGUAUCCCGUGAAGCAGCCAAGCCCGCAUUUUCAUCUGUGUGGCCAAGGUCCUUUGCCAAGGACAGAGCAGGUGGAGCCCUCUGCCUGCCCUAUCACAUAUACGGGUACUUUGUUUUUCACUGUGAUGUUUAAGAGAAUGUAUGAACAGUUUACAUUUUACUUACAAAUACAAUGAUGGGAUCAUAGUUGGCUUUUCAAAAAACCACCAACCAACCACCUGUAAUCUUUGCUUUAACCCAUACUGAUCGGGAGGUAAAUCUGUAUGCUGCCAAAGGCCAAACUGCUUUUCAAACUUCAUCAAGGUCUUAGCUUCCAGGGCUGGCAGGACCCUCAGGAUGGUCUGACCUCAGGCUUCAAGGCUUCUGGGGUUUCACACAGACACCCACUAUCUUACUUCUUACCCUUCGUUUUAACCUCCUUUGUAUCUGUCCAAUUUUGAAAAAGCAAAGAUGUCUAUUUAGUGAGAUAACUCAUUGGUGUCCAUCUGUAGGAAACCAGUUUCCACCAUAAGGAAUGGGGAUGCGGAGGCCUAACAGAAGGGGACCUGUGUGUGUGGCUCUUUCUGUGCCAUGAAGUUGGGGGGAUGGGUGGUUUCCCUCAGAUUGAAACCAUUGGGAAUAAUUUAUAAAAUCUUCUCUACUUCAUUCUGAGGUACAUUUAUUUACUGACAGCAUUUUUCUUAGAAAUAAGAUGGUAAUUCUUGGCAUAUUUUAAUUUUUUUCAGUUAAG